AUGUCUCAAUCCACAGAACAGCCUCAAACUGAGCUCACGCUCGCCUCCAAAGUCAUUGCCAUCACCGGUGCCAACCGCGGAAUCGGCCUUGGUAUCGCAGAGUCCUGCCUGGUCAACGGCGCCGCAGCAGUCUACUCAAUCGACAUCAGCGACAAGACAGGCGAUGACUUUGCUGUGCUCUCCAAGCGUUUCCCCGGAAAGCUCCACGCCAUCACAGCCAACGUCACAGAAGAAGAAACGAUCAUCGCGGCCAUCGACAAGAUCAUUGCCGAGGCCGGAGGCUUACAUGGUAUGGUUGUGAACGCUGGCCGAACACACCACAAGGCCGCGCUCGAUUUCACAAAGGAUGAGAUUACCACACUUUUCAACGUCAACCUCUUUGGGGCUUUCUUCACUGCUCGUGCUGCGGCAAAGGCGUUUAUCAAGCAAGGGGUUAAGGGGAGUAUCGUUUUCACGGCGAGUAUGGCGUCUUACCGGCCGAACAAGCGCGUCCCCUCAGCACCCUACGGCGCUUCCAAGGCUGGUAUCCGCAACAUGACACACACGCUCGCUAUGGAAUGGGCGCAGUACAACAUCCGCGUAAACAGUGUUUCCCCCGGACUUGUUCAAACAGCAAUGACAUACUGGGUGCCUCAGCAGCCUGAUUGGGAGCAGCAAUUGAAGUACUACGGUGGUAUGCCGAGACUGGCUGAUACCCGGGAGCUUGGUGGAGCCUAUGUCUACUUGUUGAGUGAUGCUGCGAGCUACACGACCAGCAUUGAUAUCCCUGUCAAUGGAGUUAUCGGAAUUUGUUAA